AUGUCGGCGAGGGCAACUUCAGUACAUGAACAAGUUGUACAGUAUCCAUCACGCUCCGAACAGUGUCAUGUAUUUUUAGUCUCCAUGCAAUGUCUGGUGGGUGCCUUCAAAGUGUCAGUCCAGACAAAUCUUCAAGGAGGCCACCACGCAGAAGCCAUAAUCGAGAUUGUCUCCGCGUCGGGUGGCAGUGAUCAUCUCGGGGCCAUUCGGAUGGAGAGCGAGCGUCUACCUGUAGCGAUGAAGAUGCUGCAGGUGAAGGCUGCUGCGACGAUCGCCAUGAACGGCUAG